AUGGGGUACGUUCACCAUCAUGGCCACCGGGAGCAGCAGCAGGUUAGCCAAGCCAAGCCGGGGUGGGGAAGGAAGUCAAAACAAGGUUUCGCCAUCAUGACUCCUCUUUCAACCAAUUCGAGGCUGCGCGCGGACCCAGCAAACUCAUUGCUCAACCAGAUUGGGACCCGGGCGAGCGUCUGGCAUCUGAAAGCAGAUGCUCCUGUCCGUGGUGUGGUGGUGAUGACGUGUGGCGCGGGCGCAAUGUGGCAAAUGAGAAGGUGGACGCCCGGAAAUGAUCGUUGGACAGUUUCGGUGUUGGCUGAUCGAUGUGUUGUCCCAUAG